AUGGAAUUAAAUACUAGCAAUUCAUCGUGGAAUAUUAGUGAUGAUAUGAAUAGUUCAAUAAUAUCACCACUCGAACGAAAAAUCAAAUUUUAUAUACUUGUUAUUUUACAAGGUCCAUCACUUUUUUGUACACUUUUCAUUUUACGCUAUUUUCGAUGGCGUCAUUUACAAACUCAAAUUUAUGGUUUUCUUCUUAUAGUCAAUGCUGUAAUUCUUGGUUGUGAAUUACCUAUUACACUUUCUUAUUUAUAUGAAGGAAGUAUUUAUUUCGAAAGUAGAUGUUCAGCUUGGAUCACAUUAAAUUAUUCACUUUUUCAAUUGAGCAUUUUUUUAAUGACAUGGAUAUCUAUUCAACGUUAUUUAUUUAUCUAUCAUGAGCAAUUUAUUUUACGACAUAUGAUUCUUUUUCAUUAUGGACCAGUUAUAUUUUUCUAUUUAUAUUGUCCAUUACUUUAUAUCGGUAUUGUAGUAUUAUAUAAAUGUCAACCAAUCUAUGAUGUAAAUCUAUAUAUAUGUGGUGGUCCAUGUUAUUCAUUAGAAUUAAGUCUCGGUUUAUUUGAUUGGGUUGGAAAUGGUAUAAGUAUGGAAAUGACAACAUUAAUUGUUAAUGUGAUAGUUACUAUACGACAUUUUAUACAACGUUAUCGAAUGAAAAGAGCAAUUAUUACAGCAGAUGGACGUCGACAAUGGAAUCGUUCAGUAAAAUUAGCUGCACAACUUAUUGCAAUAGGUAUGAUUUAUGUUGUUGGUUGGGUUCCGUAUUCAAUUAUUGUAUUGAUACAAAUGUUUCAAAGUUCUCAAAAUCUUGCUAAUAUACUUUCAAGAUUUUUUGCUUAUUUACCUUAUUUUCAAGCAUUAAUGCUUCCUUUUGUUGCUAUUUUAUUUAUGCCAGAAAUCAAAGAACGACUUUUUACUUUAUUUAUGUUUCCAUGCAUUAAUGUCAAAAGACGGCAUCAAAAUCAAAUUCACACUAUUCAUAAUCAAAUAAAUACAACAAAUGUUCAAUCACGAACUAUCACUCAUCAUUAA